AUGAGCAUAUUAGAAACUGUGUCUCCAUUCAUGUCUCCUCAUGAUCGUAGCGUUCAGCUAAGUGGCCCAGGUGGCCCACAGAUACAUCUGAAGGUGGAUCAUAAGGGACCACAUUUUGAGAGAUCAAGUGAUGAGUACAAGAAAGCCGAUGUAAAUCGAUCGUAUAAGAAGUUUGAAAGGCAACAAGCCUAUACCGACCUCACUAUUGACCCAUUCAUUUCCCGAUAUAUCAGGUCUCCCCAUCUAAACACACCAUUCAAUUAUCACAACGUUUUCUUCGAAUCGGUCAAGGAUGAUCUAAACAGUCAGCUGUUUGAUUUAUACCAAAAAUACCUCAUUCAAAAGGAUAAUUACCAUAUCACCAAACCAGCAAAAACAUCGACCCACGAUGAAAUCAACCUUUCGCAUGAACUCAAUUUCACCAGGAAGAGGAUCGAUAGCGAAACGGAUUCAACUACACCUCAGCGUACAUCAUUAGACCACCCUAUAACUUCAAAGCUGGAAAUCACAUAUCUCCCAAGAAAUUUCAUGGAUUGCGAUAUAAAUAACUUGAUAGACCUAAUUUCCAGGUUGUUGCGGUCGCUUAUUGCGUUGAAUGAUAAGAAUGUCCACCCGUCGAUCUCAAAUCCUCAGAAGGGUUCUAAAGCCACAAAUCAAAUACUCACCAGAUAUCACUCGCGAACGCCUCCUGCCAUCUCAGCCCAUACUUACUUGUCUCGUCUCACACGCUUUAAUAAUUUGAACCCCGGGACGUUAUUGACAACAAUAUACUAUAUAGAUUUGUUGUCUCAUCAUUAUCAGCCGUACUUCACAUUGAACUCGUGGACUGUGCAUAGAUUUUUGCUAGUUGCUACGAUGCUAUCGCAAAAGCUGCUUGAAGAUUUUUUCUACACAAACGAGCAUUAUGCCAAAGUGGGCGGUGUGGCUGUCAGCGAAUUGAACUGCUUGGAGCUAGACUUUCUUGAAAGAGUCGAUUGGCGCUGCGUGCCAGGGAAGGUUGGCGAGAACAAUUUGUUCUCCAUAAAAUACGCCAAAACUACCCUCGACUUGUAUUAUGCUCAGUUGGUCUCGCUCAUGGGACAACCAUCCAACGGUUCAUCAGUUACGACAUACAAGAUCAAGCAUUCUGAUGAAGAUGGAGUACUGGAAGAUGAAAGCAAUGAUGACAUAUUUGACGACGAAGAAGAAGACGAAGAUGCGAUGGAAGAUGAGGUAUUUGAAACUGCUGGACAAGGAACUAGAGCGAUGUAUGACCAUUUGGGCUAUAGUGUGGAUGGAUCUUCAUCGCCUCAUUUGAAGCGUCGUUAUUCUAAAAAUUUUGCUUCAUAG